AUGUCGCCGAGAAUCGAUUCGAUACGCUGGUCAAUCCUCGCCAGCGUCAGCUUCCGGAUCACGAGAAACUUCUCCGUGGCUGCAGCAUCCACCAGAGGAUCAUCGAUCGAUCACUCGACGAACCUCCGAUAUUUUUCACCGGUCGAUGUAUUCGGUGGCAAACAGAGUAUAGCAAGAUUCGCGAUUUUCAGCCGUCGAACGAUUCCGAACGAGAUGCCACAGGCAAUCGAUACCUACUACCCGCGAGUGUCCACACUGGUCUCCAACGUGGCGAAAAAUCCAUCCAUCAACAACAAUUACGAAUAUAUAGGAAAGAUACCUUUGUUAAAUAGUCUGAUAAAACCGCUACCCCCAAAAGUUUGUUCAUAUAUCGAAGAAUGUGCAUCCCUUUGCUGUCCAAAGGACAUUUAUAUUUGCGAUGGAAGCGAUACAGAAUACGACCAUCUAUUGAAUUGUCUGGAAAAUAAUGGGACAAUAUCGCCUUUACCAAAAUAUAGAAACUGUUGGCUUGCUAGAACAAACCCGGCAGACGUAGCACGUGUCGAGAAACGCACGUUUAUCAGCACCGAAUGCAAACGCGAUACUAUUCCUAUACCGCGCGAAGGUGUCAUUGGAGAACUGGAUCGAACGAUGUACGUCAUCCCCUUUAGCAUGGGUCCAGUGGGUUCACCUUUCUCAAAAAUUGGAAUAGAGAUCACAGACUCGGCAUAUGUUGUUUGUUGCAUGAGAAUAAUGACCAGGAUAGGAAAAAAGGUCUUAGAAACGCUUGGCAAUGACGAUUUUGUCAAGUGUCUGCAUUCUGUUGGUGUUGCAAAAAGCGACUCAAAAAUUGAAAUUAAUUCUUCCUGGCCCUGUGAUCCUGAAAGGACCAUCAUCCUUCAUAGACCAGACAAAAAUGAGAUAGUUUCUUAUGGCAGUGGUUACGGUGGAAAUUCUUUGCUUGGUAAAAAGUGUUUCGCCCUAAGAAUUGGCUCAACUAUUGCUAAAGAUGAAGGAUGGCUUGCGGAGCAUAUGCUCAUACUGGCUAUCACAGAUCCAAAAGGUAGAAAGCGUUACAUUACUGCAGCGUUCCCCAGUGCAUGCGGCAAGACAAACCUAGCUAUGCUGAAGCCGACGUUACCAGGGUACAAGAUCGAGUGUGUAGGAGAUGACAUCGCUUGGAUGAGAUUCGAUCGAGAGGGCAGACUUCGUGCCAUAAACCCAGAAAAUGGUUUUUUCGGCGUAGCUCCCGGAACCAAUAGUAUUACCAAUCCUAAUGCCAUGAAAACUAUCUUUAAGAAUACUAUUUUCACCAACGUGGCUGCUACCAGCGAUGGUGGAGUCUUCUGGGAAGGAAUGGAGGAAGAAAUCAGCGAUGAUGUUGAAAUCACCGACUGGCGAGGCAAGAAGUGGAAUAGAGGAUCCAAGACACCAGCAGCACAUCCGAAUUCCAGAUUCUGUACUCCAAUCAAAGAAUGCCCUAUUAUUGAUCCUGCUUGGGAAGAUCCAGCUGGUGUUCCCAUUGAUAUUAUUCUUUUUGGAGGACGAAGACCAGAAGGCAUUCCUCUUAUAUAUCAAGCUAGAAAUUGGCAGCAUGGUGUUUUCAUUGGAGCUUCGAUGAGAUCUGAAGCUACCGCUGCAGCAGAACACACGGACAAGAUAAUCAUGCACGAUCCGUUCGCUAUGAGACCUUUCUUUGGCUACAAUUUCGGGCACUAUCUCAAUCAUUGGUUGAGUAUGACCAAAGUGAAGAAUGCUAAGCUUCCAGCUAUAUUUCAUGUGAACUGGUUCAGGAAGAAUGCGGAUGGCAAAUAUCUGUGGCCAGGGUUCGCCGAGAAUUCUCGCGUUUUGGAUUGGAUUCUUCGAAGAAUUGACGGUGAGGAUGUCGCGAUAGAUUCUGCCGUAGGUCUGUUACCAAAGUCAGAGUCAUUCAAUUUAGAUAACUUGAAUAACGACGUAAAUAUGGAGGAAUUGUUCAGUUUACCGAAAUCUUUCUGGGAGAAAGAAGUUAGGCAUCUUAGGGAAUAUUUCGAUAUGCAAGUAGGCAAUGAUUUACCUGCAGCUAUUCGUGAAGAGCUUGAGCUACUUGCUUGUAACGUGAAUAAACUUUAAUUGAAUCAUUUGGUUCCUGAGUUGAAUUAUAUCUUUUUAUCUGAAAUGAUUUAUGAAGAUUAUAGGGAAUCUAAGAUUAAAAACUAUUAAGAUUCAGAUUUAGUCUCAAUUUGAACAGAAAUCGUGUUCAGUUUAAACUGCCAACUGUUAAAACGUUAAAAAGUUGUUUAAAAUGUUUUAUUAUAUUAAAAUCUAAACAUAGUAUUACGACGAUUUUUACUUGAACGUCGGGUGCAAUUGUUAUACUCACUGAAACAUUCAAUUUAAUGUUUCACUUCAAAUACUCUUCCUUUUUAAUAUCGUCUUUUUAUUGUAAAAAAAUAUUUUUAUGAUUGCUUGGUAUAGACUUUUUGUGAGAGAUAAUAGUAUGUAAUUCAACAUUUGUGACAGAAGAAAAAUAUGUAUUUUCAAUAUAUUUUUUUAAAUAAAAGAUUUAAGAAAUGAUCAAUUUCCUCAUAUUCUUUUUAAGUUAUUCGUUGUCUGAAAGAUAAUUAAACAGUGAAACAUUUUUUAAAAUAUUUAAAUAAAUUUUAUUUUAAAUCAAAGAGGAAAAGUUAUACUAUUAAUUCUAUUUAUUAAUUCAAUAUUUUAAUUGUCUAAAUACUAUUGGUGAAAGACUUUAUAAGACAUUCAAAAUUGUACAUUCCGAUACAUGUUACAAGAUUAUUGCAGUCAUAUACAUGUACAAUUAAAAAUUUAAGAAUGAUUUUAUAUAAAUUUAAAAUAUCUUAAUCGAAAUUUUGAGAUGAAAUUUAAACAAAUUGUUUAUCAGUCUGAUUACUAUGAUGAAGAAUAAUUUAAUUUACAUGCAAAAAAUCAUAAUCUUUAUAUUUUGUAUAGAUUAGA